CACCAACCCAAAAGGUUUCAAGCUCAAAAUCCAUAAUGUCAAGUACUCCACGUCCCAUUCGAUCUGUUUCCAACACUGAGUUGUAUGACCGGUGGGCUAAAGUCUAUGACACCGACGGCAACAUCUUGCAAGCACUUGAUGACCACAUGCUGCCUCCCCUCAUCGACCGAGUCUUCAAGCUGCUCUCCUCCUCCUCACCACUGACCAUCACCGAGCUUGGCGCAGGAACUGGGCGGAACACCGUCAAACUCCUAUCCACUGCCCUCCCAAUCUCUCGCAUCAAUGCUCUGGAUCUAAGCCCUGGUAUGCUCGCCGUUGCCAAGUCUCGGUGCGCUGGCGCUCUAGGAUCUGAUGGCCAGGCUCCCCAGGUCGCGUUCUACGAUUUCGACGCCCUGCGCCCCGCCAACUAUCCCCUUGUUGCCUCUCUCUCACUAACAGCAGACCUUGUCGUCUCCACGCUCGUCCUGGAGCACUUACCCCUGUCUGACUUUUUCCGGACUGUAAAAUGGCUUCUUAAACCAGAGGGCGGCUAUCUAGUGUUGACGAAUAUGCAUGCCGACAUGGGCCGGAAAUCACAGGCCGGUUUUGUAGAUGAAGAGACGGGGGAGAAGGUUAGAGGGGAGAGCUUUGUAUAUGAGGUUUCAGAGGUGCUGGAGGAGGGCAAGAAGUGGGGGUUUGUGCUUGAGGGGGAGGUGGGCGAGAGGGGUGUGAGGAAGGAGGACAUUGGUGAGGGUAGAUUGUUGGGGGAGAGGGGCAAGAAAUGGAUUGGUUGUUUGUGUUGGUUUGGAUGUGUGAUGCGGCUUAAGGUUUGAGGAGUGAGAAACUGGGUUGAGAGUGGAGUGCAUAAUGCAAAGAAGGGAAGAAUAUGUUUGUGUCCAAGCAGAUAUAGAUACAAUUGACUUCCUUACACACCUUCCUUCAUACUUAUAGUACAAUUGAUGUCUUGUUCGUAAUUACACUCCCGGCCUAAACCCCUACUGUGCGCGCCAAAUUCGUGGUUGAGGUCUUUUGGAAGUUUCAGAACAUUCCCCACACAUGUGAAAAGAGUACAAAAUCAAUUAAUAAUUUUGUACAAGGUUCCAUUGGACCGCUGUAUUUGGGUUGUAGAAGUUUGAUGUGGAGAACUGCUCAGAUGAUUCGAUCCUUGCGAGGUCCCCAGUCCCUCGAUCAGUCUUUUGCUGAAACUUCUGGAACUGUAAUGGCC